AUGGCAGAAGACAUAGCCAAAGCCGCAGCUGAAGUGGGCAAUAAGGCAGUUAUGGACCUCUCCCUUACUGCAGGGGCUUUUUCGUUAUCACUGAAGAUUGAUAACGUGUGGCUAGCAGGAGCUGUAAGUGUGGGUGCGUUAUCACUUGGGGCAUUUUAUCUGACCUGCAAGGGGCCCUCUGAAAGUGCUAUCAGAAGAGCUUUGGACAGAAAAUUCUUGGGUGAUGUGGAGCCUAAAGUCACGAACAUCGAAGACGGGCACUCUAUUCUGACUGAGUUGCUUUGUAGCACAGAAGCAAGCUUUCUAGUGUUUUUGGAAGAUUUUGAAACGAAGAGGAUUAAGUCUCGGUUAGAGGAAGAGUUUAAAAAAAUCGGCUUUACGACAGAGCUGGAUGUCACUCUCAGAAACGCGGGGAAAGUAUAUCAGCAAGUUAUCCAAAUAAGAAACAGGUAUGGGAGACUAGUCCCUAGGUUAUUUUUUUGUUUGUUUUUUCGCAGUAUUCAGUUUCUUACCGUAAAUCUAUUAUUAAGCUCCCUGGGGGACUUAUUUAUUUCAAACAGGGGGGCCUAAUAGAAACGGGGGACUUAUUUGAGUGGGGGGCUAGGGGGGAGGUAUUUAACUUAGCAAAGACGAUGGUAUCAGUUCUCCGUGAAAAAAUAGAAUGCAAUUUUGGAAAAGCUCAAGGGCAACGCUUAGAGGUCAUGCAAGUGAGGAUAAAAAACAAGUCUGUAAUUCCUGCAGCUUGUUGAAUAAACCAUCCUGGAUCAGUCCACACGAAGUGUUACAGUCGUAAUUGAUCAAUGCAAUCUAUCAUUUAUUAGUGAAUUACGUAUCAUAAUGAUGAUGAUAAUGAUGGUGAUGAUGAUGAUGAUGAUGAUGAUGAUGAUGAUGAUGAUGAUGAUGAUGAUGAUGAUGACGAUGAUGAUGGUAAUGGAGAAAUAUAUACAACAAGUCCCGCGUAAUAUCAAAAUCCAUGAACUACAGAAGAUCACACUACUUGGAACAUCUCACAUCCUCAAAAAGGCACUGUCCAUCAAAUAGACUUCUACCAGGAGCCGAUCAGUAAUAGGUUCCCGCUUCUGUCUCAUUCUAAAGGCUGGUUUUCACUAGCGACAGAGUCGAAGUCGGAGUCGUAAUCAAAAGCGUAGAGCUUAUGAUGUAGUCAAAGCGAACAGCGUCCCGAUUCCUCUUAUACGACUCCGUCGCCUACGUUACGCUUAUUAUCUAGUGAAAACCAGAUUGUCGGAGUCGGAAGCAGAAACAAAAGAACCAAACUAAUCACAAAGCGUGGGAACGUGCAUUGUGAUUGGUUUAUCCUUCCGCUUCUGCUUCCGAUUCCGACAAUCUGGUCUUCACUAGAUCAUAAGCGGGACGUAAGCGAUGGAGUCGUAGGCGGAGUCGGAAGAAAUGGAAACGUUCUGAUUCUUCUGACUCUGAUUGCGUCGAGCUUAUGAUUAGGCUUACGACUCCGAUUUGUGAUUUUCACUAGGUCAUAAGCCGUCUUACGACUCCAGCCUUAACCCUUUAGUUUGGCAGUAAUUUUCGUACUAUGGAUGCGCGCGCAAAUGGAACGUUUUUUUUUAAUACCAGUAAUUUUUUUUCAAACAUUACAGUCAAAAUAAGUUACCUUGGGUUGACGAAAUUUACAAGACAUUCACUUUUUUAACAAGCAUUAUUUCUUUAAGACUAGAUACAGCUGAUGUUUCCAAGGUAAAGUAACUAACGAAAACUAACAAUAUUACCCGUAUGAUUAAUUAUUUAUUGCACAUACCCACACUAACUUUAAAAAGAAAACAAACACGACUAGAAAAGCAAUUGGCAUUUAAUCUUUAACCCACACAGCGCUGCUUUCGUUUCACUUGCACAGAAUAAUACAUUUGUUGCUUCCAUUUUGGCAGGAAAAAGUGCUCAAAACUGAUGCUAAAAAUAACUUGAUUUGUGAAAACGCCGUUGCAUAGGCUAAGUAUGGGACAAGCACGCUCCGGGUUAUCAUUAUCACGCCCUCCUAAUUUGUUUGUUUGUUUGCUUUUUUUGGUUUCCAUUCUGUCAUACUUAAUAACAAAAUGGAUCUAGAGAGCUAGACAUUGUAAAGGAAUCACUAAAGCGAGAAAUGGCUAUUUCCAAAGGCCUUCGAGGAACAAUUGGAAAGUUACAAGAAGAAAAUAGGAGAAUGGGUGAGAGUGCCCAGCAAGGAAAAGUCGAUGGGAUAGAAAUAAAGGAUAAAACGCGGGCUGGAAAGGAGGAGAUGAAAAUUUUGCAAAGGGAUAUCCGGGAACUUCUUGAAAAGGUCCACGAGUUGGAGAAGGAAAAUGAAAAGUUGCAGCAGAAGUUGAAGAAGAAGGACAGGGAACUUGAACGCUUUCAAGCCUUAGAAACAGGUGAAAAAAGUAAUAAUAUAAUACCUGUAUUGUUUGUUUUCAUUUUUCAUACAUCGUGGUCAAAAAACUAAAAUUACUCAAAGAGAAUUCUAACCUGCUAACAAAUGUUGUUUCCCACUGCCGCGGGGCGUCGGCGACUUCUACGCUGGCAAAACUAAUAAAAAAUAUCCCCCGCAGUUUAUUGAUCAACGACAACAGCAACAGUUACUCAAACAAAGAGGUAAACACGAAUGACUGACUACUGACGCACGUUGUUUUUUAUAAAUCUAAGCGGUUUGCCUUAUCCUCCUAAUCUACUGUUUAAUUAACACCAACACUAGAUAUUGACAUUCAACAACCUCGUCCAAGGGCCUCUUCGGGUACAUCUCUAGGGUUGAGCUCUGGGUACCAGUCCGAAGAAGAUCCCGACGAGAACUGUAAGUUUUCGAGUUUCUCUCUUCCGUUUUAACAUGGGUCUUAUCUGUAGAGUAGUACUUUGUAUUCUUCGCUUUUUUAACAUUGCACCCUUAUUAGUAAUUAUACGUUUUUGGAGACUAGGAUAAAAUGAUGUUCCAGUCAAAAAACUUUGGAAAAAACGAGUAUUGUAUUUUACCUGCUACUCAAAUAAAUUUGUCUCAAGCGAUCGAAUACGAAAAAUGAGAACUGAAUAUUCAUGCAGAUAAUUCAUAACGAUUUCGAAUCGCGUUCUGAGACUAAGUAAUUACAGCAUUUCACUGGGGGCGUGUAACUCAGUAAGCGGUAAUGGACGGAACUUACAGUUAAUGAAUCUUUGAAUUAUUUGGUGCAUUUAUAUCUCGUCAGUAUCAUCAUCAUCAUCAUUACCGUUACCAUUGUCAUUGUCAUUCUCAUUUUUUUGCAUCACAGCCUUAGAGAUUAUCCAGAUGCCUCGGUCCCAAGCCAUUCAGGAAGGAAGGAAGUUGGUGUUAAGUUGCAGGACGCGUAGCUUACCUGAUGUCUCAUACCGCUGGAUUAAAGAUGAUAUAGAAAUCCCUGGGGCAAAUCGUUCGGACCUGGUGUUAGAGCCGGUGCGCAUGCAGGACUUUGGCCGCUAUUUCUGUCGUGUGUGGGAUAAGAGCGGAUCGUUGACUUCGGAACCCGCGGAUGUCGAUGUUUUCCCAUCUCCCCAUAUGAGUAAGUACGGUCUGUGGCGGAUCCAGGGCAGGGCCCCCGGGAGGCUAGCCCCCCCUCCCCCUUAUUUUUAGACCAAACCGUGGCCCGAAAAUUUUUUUUUUGAAGACCAGAAGAGGUCUCCUGACCCUAACCCCCCUCCCCCCCCCUUAUCUCGCCGUGUCUUUAAGAAAAUGCAUUUUGUUUAACUGAUUAUAUUUUAUUUCUUGUUUUAAUGAUCUGCUAUUAACAUGAUUUCCCGGCACUUCAUUAGGAUUCAGAGGAUUACACGAACUCGAUGCUGACGCUAAACAAGCAAUAAUUGACUUGCUAAGCAAAAAAAGCCUGCCUAGGCUACCCACCUGGAAGCAGAUAGCAAGAAGAUAUGCUAUGAGGGAAACGGAAAUCUCCUCUUUGGAGAAAGAGAAAAUCCCCGCAAGAGCCAUGCUUGAAAAGCUGACAUCUCUGGCACCUAAUCUGACCGUUUACUAUGUUUGCAAGACGUUCAAAGAAGCAGGUCUCAGGCGGCUGUAUCUCGUGGAUGUUCUCUCACAAAGGAUGGCGAUAGCCGUACAUUAA